GCCCCGCCGCGCCUCACUGGCGGCGGCGGCAGUGGUGGCUGUGGCGGCGGCGGCUCCCGGAGCCGGCGCGAAUCCGGCCCCCGCUGUGGGAUCCGGGCCGGUGCAGACGCGCCCCACCUGGGCCCCAGCGUGCGGAGGAUGGGAACGCCCCCCCGGCGAUGUCUCUGGGCCGCCUCCUCCGCCGGGCCUCCUCCAAAGCCUCGGACCUCCUGACCCUCACCCCCGGUGGCGGCGGCGGGCCCCCCUCCGUCCUGGAUGGCGAGAUCAUCUACUCCAAGAACAAUGUCUGUGUGCACCCGCCGGAGGGGCUGCAGGGGCUGGGGGAGCACCACCCAGGCUACCUGUGCUUGUACAUGGAGAAGGAUGAGCUGCUGGGGGCCACCCUCAUCCUCGCCUGGGUCCCCAACUCCCGGAUCCAGCAGCAGGACGAGGAGGCGCUGCGCUACAUCACGCCUGAGAGCUCCCCGGUGCGCAAGGCACCCCGCCCGCGGGGCCGGCGCGCCCACAGCUCAGGUGCCGCCCGCCAGGCCUCCCCCACGGAGCCCAGGCCCGCCCUGACCCCUGGAGAUGAGGACCUCCCGGGGGUGGCCCAGGGCCUCCGGGACGCUGUGCACGUCAGCCCUUCCGCCGAGGACGGGGAGAAGCUGGCCCAGGGCCCGGGGGUGGACGGCCCGCGGCCAGCCCCCUUCGACCCGGGGGCCUGGUCCAGGGCCGGUUCGCAGGACGGCGUGGAGGAGGAGGAGGAGGGGCGGGAGCCGCGGCCCGAGGCCGGCGAGGAGGAGGGCUCCCUGGAGCUGUCGGCCGAGGGCGUGAGCAGGGACAGCUCCUUCGACUCGGACUCGGACGCCUUCGCCUCCCCCUUCUGCCUGUCACCUGUCAGCGCCGCCCUGGCGGAGAGCAGCGGCGGCUCCGUGUUCCCGGAGAGCGAGAGCAGCUCCCCCUCCAGCGUGGACGCCCACCUGCAGUUCCCGGACCGCAGCGGCCUCCUGCAGGCGCCGCGCUGGGACGAGCCGCAGCGGGCGCGCGCCCUGGAGCAGAUCUGCGGCGUGUUCCGCGUGGACCUGGGGCACAUGCGCUCCCUGCGCCUUUUCUUCAGCGACGAGGCCUGCACCAGCGGCCAGCUGGUGGUCGCCAGCCGGGAGAGUCAGUACAAGGUGCUCCACUUCCACCGCGGCGGCCUGGACAAGCUGGCGGACGUGUUCCAGCAGUGGAAGUACUGCGCCGAGACCCGCCUCCGGGACCAGCAGGUCGCCGACGAGAAGACGUGCAUGAAGUUCUCCAUCCGACGCCCCAAACUGCCCUCCUCCGAGACGCACCCCGAGGAGAGCAUGUACCGCAGGCUGGACGUCUCCGCCUGGCUGCGCCACCUGAACGAGCUGGGCCAGGUGGAGGAAGAGUACAAGCUGCGCAAGGCCAUUUUCUUCGGCGGCAUUGAUGUGUCCAUCCGCGGGGAGGUCUGGCCCUUCCUGCUGCGGUAUUACAGCCCCGAGUCCACGUCGGAGGAGCGAGAGGCGCUGCGGGCGCAGAAGCGGAGGGAGUACGCCGAGAUCCAGCAGAAAAGGCUCUCCAUGGCCCCGGAGGAGCACAAGGCCUUCUGGCGGAACGUGCAGUUCACCGUGGACAAGGACGUGGUGCGGACGGAUCGCAGCAACCAGUUCUUCCGCGGCGAAGGCAAUCCCAACGUGGAGCGCAUGAGGAGGAUCCUGUUGAACUACGCGGUGUACAACCCGGCCAUCGGCUACUCCCAGGGCAUGUCGGACCUGGUGGCGCCCAUCCUGGCCGAGGUCCUGGACGAAUCGGACACCUUCUGGUGCUUCGUGGGCCUGAUGCAGAACACGAUCUUCGUCAGCUCCCCUCGGGAUGAGGACAUGGAGAAGCAGCUGCUGUACCUGCGGGAGCUGCUGCGGCUGAUGCACCCGCGCUUCUACCAGCACCUGGCCUCGCUGGGCGAGGACGGCCUGCAGAUGCUCUUCUGCCACCGCUGGCUGCUGCUCUGCUUCAAGCGCGAGUUCCCCGAGGCCGAGGCGCUGCGCGUCUGGGAGGCCUGCUGGGCCCACUACCAGACGGACUACUUCCACCUCUUCAUCUGCGUGGCCAUCGUGGCCAUCUACGGGGACGACGUCAUCGAGCAGCAGCUGGCCACCGACCAGAUGCUCCUGCACUUCGGAAACCUGGCCAUGCACAUGAACGGGGAGCUGGUGCUCCGCAAGGCGAGGAGUUUGCUCUACCAGUUCCGCCUCCUGCCCCGGGUCCCCUGCAGCCUGCACGACCUGUGUAAGCUGUGCGGGCCCGGCAUGUGGGACAGCGGCUACAUACCCGCCGUGGAGUGCACGGGCCACCACCCGGGGUCGGAGGGCUGUCCCUACGGGGGCACAGUGGAGCCGCCCUCGCCCAAGGCCCCCGGGGAAUGCAAGAAGGGCCCGAAGACGCCCCGGGAAGGCUUUGGCUUCCGCAGAUAGGUCGGGCCCCUGGCGCCGGACGAGGAUUCAGGGGACCUCACCGCGGGUCCCAAGCAUGUGGGAGGGGGUGGGGAUGGGCGUGGAUGGGACGGGGGAUGGUCGAAACGUGAGGAGAACACCUUCGAGCGACGUGAGGGGGACACUUUCAUAUUAUGACGGCGGAAGCAGAGUCCGGAGGCGAGAGAAGGAAGUCCCGACAGCCACCCAGAGAAGAGCCGGCUCCCGAGAAACAGUGGGACCGGAACGCACAGCCCCUCCGCCCGGAGACGUGGCGGCUGGCUCCUCGUGGCGCCCUCCUCCGAUGCACCCCAGCGAGGCCCAGGGUGUCCCCCGGCCCUGUUCACACACAGAUGUGGGGCGCUGCCCGGCAGGGACAGGAAAAGCGGGUCCGGUUCACCCACCAGCGCCCGCGGAUGCAGCAGCACAGGAGAGGGGUCCCCUCCAGGCCCAGAUACAUCGGGGCGAGCUGGACACCCCUCUCGGCCAGGCCUGGCUCCCUGCACCAGCCAGCUGCUUCCCGCAGCUUGUCCAGCGGCGGCGGCAGCCCCAAUGUGACGACACCUGCCCCCACAGGAAAAAUGACCGACUGGUUUCAGGAUAGGGAGGUGUGGUCUGUGGGGGGGGGGAUGAGAAGCUGGGGGCUUCCACGCACACUGUCCGUGCAAACAUUGGACACCCUGGUUUGUGAAGCAAGCCACCUGCCCAUGAGCUGAGCCAAGAGGCGUUGGUGAUGCUGGCUUCCUCCCAAGCUGAGGAGUUUCUACGUGAGGUUCUUCGAUGUUAAGGUCAACUUCACCAAAUGUGGCAAACUGUGGGGGGGGGGGGCGCGGAUGGGCGAGGGUGUGUGUACACGCGCGUGUGCAGAGCCCUCGAGAGAAUCAGCUUGUUGGGGGCCAGGGUUAGUGUAGUCGCAGACGGACCAGGACAGAGGCACUUGGAGGUGGCGAGGUGGUGGGAUGCAGGAGGGACCGCAGUCCGGGACCCUCCACUCCAGGGGAGGAGGCGGGCCCUCCCAGCUGGCCAUCCCUCCUCCAUGAGGCUGGGACGUGGGCGGACCAAGGCAGGCCAGGCCACGUGCACGGAACACCGCUUCCUGGACAGCUGGGAGCAAGGGCGCCCGAACCCUCCAGCCCCUCUUCUGGGGAGGAGGCGCCGUGACGUGAGGUCAUGGGGCCACAGCUGCACCUGAGAGCUUCCCAGCCAGCAUUCCAGCAGGAAGGGGGAAGGUUCCAGCAGGAAGGGGGAGAGCAGCCUCCUCUCCUCUGACUCUGUGACGUGAGCCCACGUGAGCCCCCAGGCAAGGGGACCAGUCCUUCCAAGUUCCUGGUCCCUUCACCCAAGAGCCUUUUGGGGAGACCACCGUGGGUCCCCACCCAUGCCCAGAUCCUGGGGUGCUGACCAUGCUGAUCUGGCGGCAGGGGUCCUGACUGGGUGGGGGUGGCCCUCCACUUUGCCGCUGUUCCACACGGCCCCCGAUUCAUGGUGGAGUUGGAUGACACCAACCAGGCACCACCCUUGUAGUGUUUCCCCUGGAAACUACGUCCUCACCACUGGGGCCUCAGCUCCCCUGGGCCACAGCCGCGCUGCUGAGCGGCCCCAGGGCCUGGAGGCCUCGCUCUGCAUGCACCUGUCUGCCACCCGCGUCUGCGGCCCGCGGGCUGGGCUGGGCCAUUCAGGUCUGGGCUGGGCUAGCUGCCGUGUCGGGGGUCAGCCUGCUGUGGAGCCCCGGAGGGGUGCCCGCCAGAGUCCAGGUCAGACCCGGCUCUGCUCCGUGUCUCCGCACCUGUCCUGCAGGCUACCUUGGGCCGAGGCAGAGGCGCGGGCCUUUCCGAGCCUCGGCAGAAGCCACGCCGGCUGCCAUGCCCCUGGCCAAAGCGAGUCACAAGGGGUGGGAACAGACCAUCUGUUUCCGUAGUGAGAGGGGCCGUGUGGUGACCCAGCAAGCCUGGGGAUUCGGGAAGGGCGGAGGACCCGGGCGGUCGAUACAGCCUCGCCGAUAUCAGGAGGUGGUGACCCAAGUCACGAUUUUGGACCGUCCCUUCUUCGUCUGAGGAGGCAGGACUCCCCCUGGAGAGGAAGAGGCUGCCCUCCGACCCCGGGCUGAGGGUCCUGCGUUGCCGUGCAAUCAAUACCUUGUGCCUUUGGGCUGCUGGUGGUGGGGGGAUUGUGCAGGGAUCCCCUCGUCUGGAGAGUCCUGGCACAAAGCUUUUAUCCCGCAUCUCCCGGCCCCUCGCCCCACAGCUCCCCAAGAUCCAGUACCGAGUGCCACCUCGACCCUCUAUGGGCCCCGGGGGGAAGGGGGGCCACCUCUCAGAGCAGCCGGGAGCUCGGAUGCCCUGGCUGCGUGGGCCGGGGAAGGCCCGCCCGCCAGGAUGCCGUCGUCUGGAUGCAAUUAGAGAAAAGCAGCCGAAAGCCCGAGGCAGCUGCCGCCCAGCACCGUUCCCGGCCGCGCACGCAUCAGGGUGAUAAUUCAGUCAUUAGCCGCCCGGCCUCGCCAGCGCCCGCACGUGCGGGCGGCGGCGUAAUCAGCCCGCGCCGCGGCUCUCCACGAUGCUGCUUAUUUAACCCAUUUUUUAAAAUGACACUUAGUGCUGUUGGCUGGCGUGUGUGCAAGCACAUGCCUAAGUCCCCCCGCGCUGGUGUCGGUGCCGACGCCGCGGGUGUCCCCAGGCCUCCGGGGCGCCGCUGAUGCGUGGCUGCUGGCUGGGAGGGGCCCAGCCUGGGAGGGGAGGAGGAAGCCGGGCCCCUUGGGGUGGAGGACGCACACACAGGUGGUGGGGUUGGGGUCCUGUGGGCGCUCGGGGAUCUGGGCUGGGGAGGGGACCGUGCAUACUCACCCGAGGUUUCGGGCCCAAGUCCAGCCGGGGAGAACCGGAACCGGCAGCCCUGGGAGUCGUCCCGAGCCCGUUGGGGAGGGCGGACUGGGCAGGGAGGGGCCGGCCCACGCCUGCAGGGGGAGGGGCAGCCCCGUGCUGGCCCGCGUGGCCACGUGCCUCAGGGUGGCGGUGUCUGAACCCAAGACCCCGACCACGUGUCCUCGGAGUUUUCCGUAGGAGCCCCGCCCGAGGCCCCUCGGGGACGGGCGGCUGGACGGGACGAACGUGCAGGGCCUGGAACAUGGGCUUCCCCGGGCUGCAGGGCCGUGGCUGGCAGCGGUGGCCCCACGCCAGCCUUCGACGGGCGGACGCAGGAAGUGGGGCCACGGCUGGAGCGUGGCGGGGCAGGAGGGGGGCACCCUCGGUGUUUGGAGGUUCCCCCAGGCUCUCUCCUCAGCCCCGGUUUGGGAGGAGUAACUUGAGGGGCGGCCCCCUGGGUGACGGGAACCUGCCCCCCAGCGGUGCUCAUGGGGAACCUCUCCCUCCACCCCACCUCCCCUCCCCCUGCAGGGAGGCUGGAGAGGACCCCGGGGCACCUGGUUUCGGGGUGCAGCCUGGGCCAGAGGCUCGCCCAGAGUGGCCUUUGGGCUGUGCCAGGGCCACAGCGAAGGAGCCCACUGGUCCAGCCUGAGGCUGGCCACGUCCCCCGGACACCCUGGGGACCAGUCAGCGCGGGGGCAGUUAGCCCCGUGCGUCUUGUCCAGGCAGCACAGAGUCCCUACCAGCGAGAGCAUCUGUCCCUGCUCGGAGGGACACACCGGAACUAGCAGCUCCCCCUCCCCCACAAAGUUGCGGAGCUGCAGGGCACCCCCCCGCCCCCCGUAGGGGCCACGCAGCACUGUGUUUCAGGACGACACUUCCCCGGGGGUCAGGAACCCGGUUCCGGCCCUGCCCCCACCCCUCCCUGUGCCUGACCCGCCACCACCCGAGCCUCAGUUCCUUUGCCCGUGGAGGGGGCGGGGACUCCCCCCUCAGGAGACGGCCACGGGGACUCCGGGUGAAAGCUGCAGGAGGCUUACCUGGCCCCUGGGACCUCACCUGCCACUCAGGGAAGAGACCACUGACCUUGGCCUUCAGCGACCUUGACCAAGAAAGGUGUCCUGCUCAGGGCUCAAGAGCUCCCUUCUGCGAGGUGCCUCUCUGCACCCCUGUCCUGUGCCACGUUCACCCUUUGCCACCCCACUCCCGGCCACGAAGAAAAAUCGACCACGAGCCCUGACCUCGGCGCCACGCCAGGUGCGUGUCGGUGUGAACACGGCCCCCAGGGCUCCGGAGCAGGGAUUCAGCGUGUGUGAUCCGGGCUCGUCCGCGGUGUGAGGACCACCUGGGCCGGGCUCUGGUUCCCUGGGCCUCCAGGGGAGGGGGGGGCAGGGGAGGGCGGGGCCCGCAGACCGCAGGCAGGCGGCCGGCCUCCGGGGCUUUUCCUGAGAAGGUUCAGGCUCGAAGCAAGAUCAAGUCGUGUGGCCGUCUCCUCUCCUGCGUCUCGCUCAAAGAGGACAAGCCCGUGCUGUCUGAGGGGCAGUUUCGUGACAGUUCCACCACCACCAAGACGUUGCCCGUGUCUGUGGUGAGCGAUUCCUUCUGUGUGUUUCAUUUGUAAGCACGACCACCUGCCGGUUGGGCCCUGCCCCAGGCCCCGGCCAGACACCGUGACCCCCGCUGGCCGCGGCCCGGCCAUGCUUCCGGCCCUCACGGGUCCCACCGCAAAGAGAAUAAAAAAUGUUAAAAGCA